AGUGCGUCAUCACCCGUAACCUUGUACCCCAGUGUUUGAAGAGACAGAGGACGAGCAUGGCGAAUAAGGAUCCCGGUGGUUUCCUGCAGCAGCUGCGACAGAUCGCAGGUAGGAUGUCUUCUGGACCUCGUGGGACAGGGAUCGGUAUCAAACUGCUGAUUGGUGCUGGAGCUCUGGCUUAUGGAGUGAAGGAAGCCACAUACACAGUGGAGGGAGGUCAGAGGGCGAUCGUCUUCAACAGGAUUGGUGGGAUCCAGAUGGACACAGUGCUCGCUGAGGGACUUCAUUUCAGGAUUCCCUGGUUCCAGUAUCCGAUCAUCUAUGACAUCAGAGCCAGACCCAGAAAAAUCUCCUCACUCACAGGAAGCAAAGAUCUUCAGAUGGUGAACCUCACAUUGCGAGUUUUGUCUCGUCCUCUGGCGUCCAACCUUCCUUUCCUCUACCAGCAUCUGGGACAAGACUAUGACGAGCGCGUCCUCCCGUCCAUCGUCAACGAGGUUCUGAAGAGUGUGGUGGCAAAAUUCAACGCGUCACAGCUCAUCACACAGAGAGCACAGGUGUCCCUGCUGAUCCGCAGAGAGCUGUAUGACCGAGCCAAAGACUUCAACAUCAUCCUGGACGAUGUGGCUAUCACUGACCUCAGCUUCAGUCGAGAGUACACCGCCGCCGUGGAGGCCAAACAAGUCGCCCAGCAGGAGGCGCAGCGAGCUCAGUUCUAUGUGGAGAAGGCCAAACAGGACCAGAGACAGAAGAUCAUCCAGGCUGAAGGAGAAGCUCAGGCUGCAAAGAUGCUGGGCGAGGCUGUGACGAAGAACCCAGGUUACCUGAAACUGAGGAGGAUCAGAGCGGCACAGACCAUCGCUAAGACGGUGGCGCAGUCUCAAAACAAAGUGUACCUGAAUGCGGACAGUCUGGUUCUCAACGUGCAGGACUGCGACAAGUUCAAUUUGUCGCUGGUGAAGUGAAGGCCACGCUCCCUCCUCAGUGUGAAAUCAUCAUUCCUUCAGUACCUCCAGAGAAAUUAAAUCCCCUGGUUCUUCUCACUUCUCUGAGGAUCUCGGUCGGGUCACAAACUGGGUCUUUUAUUUUGAAAGGCUCCUCUUGUGUUGGAGCGUUUUUGUUGUUUGUUUUGUUUACAGUGAAGAAUCGGACUUUAAAUAUGUCAGGAAACACUUUACACUUCGUCAUGAUUAACCUUUCAUUGUUACUGUCAUUAAAGCGUUAAACGGCGA